GUCAGUCGAUUUCAGUCGGCCGUGCGGCACACACACUCGCAACGCGCUUUUCAGCCAGCUCAAUUCAGCUCCGGAUUCCGCUUGCCACCAGCUUUUGAACGCGUCAUUAAUCGCAUCGUGUGACAGGAGCCUCGAAUCAGUUUUCCCAGCAACGCGCGCACUUUUCCCGCUUUUGACCACCGAUUAAGGUCUCUUGUUCUUUCCGCCUUAUCGCUUCGUCCUGUGCGUUUGCAUUUUAAUGUUUGCUUAAGCAUUCCGUUUCGGUGUCAAAAUCCAAAAUCCAAAAUCCGGCCAAACCAAUCCCGGCGAUAAGAAAAACCCUGGCCUGGCAAACGGAGAGCUCAACGCGGAAUUGUUCGACACAAAAGUGAAUUACAAAUCAAUUGAGAAAGCCCUCGGCAGCGAGACAUAGAGCACACAUCGAAUCCAAUUCAAAAGUGAGGCACUAGGAAGAAAAAAAAAAAACAGUCCCGCAUGAGUAACAGCGCCAUGGUGGCCGUGGCCAUAUGCUGCAUCCUCGUCCUGCUGGCCGUCUUCAUCGUGAUCAUCAUAGUGGUCGGCCAGACCAUCGAGGAGCCCAAAUGAGACAUGCUCCAGCUGGGACCUGGCAACUUCCCAGAUGGAUAACAGAGGCCCCCACAAAAUUGUUAGUUUGUUGGGGCCGCCAGCAAAAAUUUCGUUGCCACCUCAUCAGCAUCUGCAGCAUCCGCAAAAUCAUCAUCAACAUCAUUUUCACGCGGCUGAAAAAUUAGCAGAGGAAACAGAAGGAUCAGGAGGAGGAGAAGGAGAACCAGGAGAGGAGAGGAGUGGAGUGGAGUGGAGUGGAGGAAAUGCGUCCCAUCGUCAGUAUCCAUUGGCUGUGAUGUGAAAUUUUUUGAAUUUGUGAAGCAAAAAUCAAUCGAGAAACCAACCAAACACAAAAGGAGCUACUAAAUUUUGGAACAUUCCGCAUCCUAAGAACACACACAUCUUCAUGUAGCAUUUCUGUGUGUUAAGUGUUGUUAAUAUAAAUGUAUAUAUAGAUACACAAUCUAUACAAAAUACAAAAUACAAAAAUAUAUAGAUAUCUAGACAUACUUACGUAAUUAUAUAUGAAUAUAUAGAUAUAUAUAUAUAUAUAUAUGUGUGUAACCCAACCGUCGUAAAGUUGCGUUCUUUUUUAUAAAAGUGUUGUUAACAAACCGAUUUUUAUUGAUGUUUUAAUGAUGUUGAAUACAACAUAUACGAGUAUAUACAUGCAUACACACACGAAAGUGGAAUAAGUUUACAUUAAAAGUCCAGCGAUGUAAGAAUUGAUGAGCGGAAACCCAAGAAGCCGUAAAGGAUGCAAAGGAUUAUGGAAUCGAAGGAGCAGGACAAUAGGGAAUGCAACUGGAGAGCUCAAUUGUUUAUUAUACCCUAAGAUCAUAUCAAUUCGGAAUGAUGCCAGCAAUUGCACUUGUUAAUUGCACAGUAAUGAAGGUAAAUCCCUUGCGGGAUUGUCAGCGGGAUAACUGGAGCAUAGAUAUAGCUACCUAAAUAAAUGGAAGAUAUGGAUUAUAGAACAGAGGAGAUAUGCAUUUUAUAUAUCAAAAAACUUUUGGAUAAGUUUUACGUGUACGUGUACCUAGGAGUAGCCAAAUCUCGUGUAUACAAUAUAAGCUGUUAUCAACUAUGAAACUUACUCACUUGAAACCAAAUGAACUAGGCAACUUUAAACCCCACAAACUGUAAUUUAAUUGAACCCCAACCAAACAAACAACUACUCCAAUUAAAUCAAUUCAACGCAGAACGUACGUGCGCUGUAAUGGAUAAUAAAGAAAAAAAAAACAACAACUUCCGCUCAAUUCGACUCAAUUCAGUUUUAAUCAAUGCAAAUGCCAGACUCAGCGAACACAAUAUUUAACAAAUGAUCAACGCGCGGCGCAUAAAUUAAUAUAUUAAUUAAAUACAAACAUCAACAAAAGUGACCAAAGUCAGAGAAGAGUAAAGAGUGUGAUCAGACAUUCGUGUCGCGGAUCGGCGGACCCCAGAAUGGCAGCUUCUCGGCCCCGCUGCUGCACAACCAUCGCAAUCACUCGCGCCAAUGCCUCUACACCUUCCUAGCAGGACCUGGUCAGCGUGUCGAAGUAGUUUUUAAAUCGUUUAAUUUAAGAGGAAGUCCGCCAGACGGUUCGGCCGUCGGUGAAUUACCAAGUUGUGUUCAUGAGUACAUGGAUAUCUACUCGGAGGUGCAGUCGUCGGAGCCAGCGGAACUGAUCAAUUCGCCAUUCGGUGGCCGCUACUGCGGCACCAUUCCGCCGCGUCGUCGCAUUUCCAUGUAUCGUGCAGUUGCGAUUUCUUUUUUUAGCAACAAGAACGUGACCACGGACCUGUUCGAGGGCACGUUUAGGUUUAUAAAUGCAUCGGAAUAUGAAAUUGGCAUACCCAUUGCGGGAUCGCCAUGUUCCUACACGAUAACGCCCAGCAUGAGCGUCAACAAAACUGGUGCGCUCAUAUCGCCAACCUAUCCAGGUGCCUAUCCGAAGGAUAUGUCAUGCACAUAUCAGUUUCUUGGUGAAUCGAAUCAGAGGGUUAGAUUAGAGUUUCGGGAUUUUGAUCUAUUUUUUGGUGGACCACACUGCCCAUUUGACUAUGUGAAAGUGUACGAUGGUCCAGAUAAUUCGUCAGCAUUAAUCGGUACAUAUUGCGGGCAGCAAAGAAACUUAGUUUUGUAUUCGAGCGAGUCGAGCCUUUUUGUUCAUUUUUAUACGUUAUCGCGCACCGCAAAUACCCAAAAUCGUGGCUUUAAAGGAAUUUAUGAAUUUAGCGAGAGUUUUGUUAAAUUAGAUUUUAUACGUGAAAAUGAUGGCAUUCACAUACGUGGCUCAGAAUGUGAUCAAAAGAUUUUAUCGAAGAAGGAAUCCACUGGCUUUGUGCUCUCACCCAACUAUCCCUAUCCCUAUAUACCAAAAACUGUGUGUAGAUAUUUCAUCUAUGGCAUGCAGGAUGCCCAGCAUCUGGAGCGUGUGCGUCUGGAGUUUAACGCUUUCAAUAUACCUAAGGUGGAGCACAAGGACAAGAGCGAGUCCAACUGCACGGACGGCUAUCUAAAGAUCUAUCUGAAGGGCCAGGAGACGGCCGAUGCCUACGACAAGUUUGACUACGAGUUGUGCGGCAAUGAGACGCAACGGGUGAUCAGCGAGGGGCCACGGUUGGCCAUGGUCUUUAGUUCGGGUGAGCUGCAGGGUCGUGGCUUCAAGGGCAAGUACACCUUCGAGACGGAGUACAAGAUACCGGGCACGGCGGCACCGGAUGGCACCUGCAGCUUCACCUACGUGAGCAGUUCCAAGAAGCGCGGCGAACUGAACAGUCCGAGAUACCCCUCCAAUUAUCCCUCGGACACGAAUUGCUCAUAUCUCUUUCUGGCCGAGGCCGAUGAGCAGGUGACCAUUGUGUUUGACCACUUCAAGAUCAAGGCGGACAACAAUGCCAACGCCACCGCCGGAGCAUACGGCUCUGGUGCUUGCUUCGAGGACUGGCUGGAGAUGUAUGUCGUCUAUCGGGAUAACAACGACCGCCUGCUAGGCCGCUACUGCGGUCAGACAGCCCCCGGACCCGUCGAGAGCCCGCGGGGAGCGGUGGGGCUGCGUAUCACCCUACACACGGACCAGGAGAGCGUAGCCAGCGGCUUCAAGGCCCGUUACUUCUUCGAGUCGGCCAAAUCGGAUGCCGGCGACUGUGGCGGCAACUUCAGCAACCAGGACUCGGGUCUCAUCACCUCGCCCAACUGGCCGGCGGGCUAUAAGGCACCUGGUCGGGGCAUGGCCUCCAACGCCUGCAACUGGGUGAUGAAGGCACGCCCCGGCUACAAGCUGUCCAUUCACUUUGAGCAGUUCGGCCUGGAAGGAGACCCAGCCAAUCGCGGCUGUCCUGCCGCUGUGCUGCGGCUGUGGAUGAACGUGGACUCCGACCAGCCGCCGCUGGAGCUGUGUGGCGAGAAGCCGCCCGUGGAGCAGUGGCACUAUACCUCCACUGGCCAGACGGCGCGCAUCAGCUUCACCACCAGCGACAAGACAGUGGGUGCCCAGGGCUUCCGCAUUGUGUGGACCGAGAUACAGGACUCCGGUCCGGGUCCGCCGUCCGUGGGUCUGCACUGCGAAUCGACGUACCAUUUCCAGUGCGGAGCCGGAUACUGCAUCUCCGAUAAGCUGCGAUGCGACGGGGUCAAGAAUUGCGGACCCGGCGACGAUACUGACGAAUUGCACUGUACCACGGAAGCGGCCGAGGAGGACUACGACGUCCUAAUUAUAAUAACGCUUCUCGUCGUCUCGUCCCUAAUCUGUCUCCUAUGCAUACUCUGUCACUCCAGAAGAAGCCGUAGAAACCAUGUCCGCCAACUGGGCCUACAUCGGAAUGCACAUUACGACUCGCAGACCAGUGCCACGGCGGGUCUCAGCUCCAGUCGCAGGCAUCUGCAGAGUGGUGGCGCCAGCAUUGCUGGCAGUUUGCAUGGGAUCAACAGCGGCAACCUGAUCAUUCCGCCCGCUCCACUUCCGCCAACCAGUGUACCGCCGCCGCCACACAUCUGCAUCGCCGGCGUGGACAUGGGAAUGGGUAUGGGUAUGGGACACGGAUUGAUGUCCAACGGGGAGGACGACGACGACGAUCUGGAGCUCGACGAGGACCAGCUGGACGCGGACAUUUUCAUCAACGAUGUGCACUUCGAUGAGGACAACAUCGAUCAUGUCAACCAAAUGGCGAACGUCUAACGAUGGUUCGGUGCAGUUUUAGGCACUUUUAUCGCAACCUUCAGUUUCGGUUUUAAAACGCAUUUAGAAUAAGGCUAUCUACAUACAUAGGUAAUGGCGAACGAAGCAACUUUGCAGAGCAAGAACAGUAGAUUACACACACUCCCACAGUGCAAACUGACACGCAGACACAGGAUACAGUGAAACACGAGUACAGUAAAACCGAGAGGCGAGCAGAAACAGAAAUUCAAAAGUUAACAAUACCUAAAAGACAAGAAAUUAUGCAAAAAUGCGAAUUGAUUAAGACGUAAAUUUAAUAGCGAGCGAAACGGGAUGGCUAGUAGCAUUAGAGAUGGGACAGAUAGAGCGGAAUCUAAGCUAAUUAAGUACAGUAGGGCGAGCAUAUUGUAGUUGCGAUAACACGAUUAGCCAGCAGCGUUUCACAUAGGGAAUGAUAGGCGAUGGAUGAAUAAGAAACCAAUAACAGCUACAUUUAAUAACUAUAUUAUACACAUAGCGAAAUACGUACGGCGGAGCGGAGAGAGCGCACAAAAAGCACAGACCGAUGGGCGGAUGUGAAGAAAGCAACAAGAAGCCGUGCGGCGGAAACGGAAACGAGCCAAAAAUAGUGGACCGGAAGUGCAUGUACGAAUCAUUUUCAUAGCCACAAGAGACCGCAGAAAAGACGAAAAAUAAAAUAAAGUUGUUGAUUUUUAUAUUUGAUACGAGUAAUAUUUAGGUGAAGCAUAAAUUGAAUUAAUUAUACAACAGAAAAAACGAAGACGAAAUAACGUUGAU